AAGCAGCGCCGCGCAGCUGCCGGGGCCAAGCGAGCGCCGAGCGGGGCCGGGCAGCAGCAGCAGGAGGCGGCAGCACAGGUGAGGAGGACCCCCCCGUUGACAUCAAGAUGGCCCCCACACUAGCCACUGCCCACCGGCGUCGCUGGUGGAUGGCCAUCACAGCCGUGGUGGAGAACCUCUUCUUCUCGGCGGUCCUCCUGGGCUGGGGGUCCCUGCUCAUCAUGCUCAAAUCGGAGGGCUUCUACGCUUACCUGUGUCACCUGCCAGAUAACUCGACCGCUGUGGCCAAUUCCAACUCGUCAACGGGCAACCAGACGCCGGCACACGAGCCGACCCACGAAGCGGCACACGAGCCGGUGGUGCGCAUGAACGGCUGGCUCAUUUGCAAGGAGCAGGACGAGAUGCUGAACUUGGCCUUCACGGUGGGCUCCUUCCUGCUGAGCGCCAUCACCUUGCCCCUGGGCAUCGUCAUGGACAAAUACGGCCCGCGGAAGCUGCGGCUGCUGGGCAGCGCCUGCUUUGCCGUGUCGUGCGUCAUGAUUGCCUAUGGAGCCAGUAACCCAGACUCUCUGUCGGUCCUGAUUUUCAUCUCGCUCUCCUUGAACGGCUUUGGGGGGAUGUGCAUGACCUUCACGUCUCUCACGCUACCCAACAUGUUUGGUGACCUGCGUUCCACCUUCAUCGCCCUCAUGAUUGGCUCCUACGCCUCUUCGGCUGUGACGUUCCCAGGGAUCAAGGUCAUCUAUGACUUUGGGGUCUCCUUCAUCGUCAUCCUGGUCGUCUGGGCCUGCUGUGCGGGCCUGGUCUUCUUCAACUGCUUCUUCAACUGGCCCCUUGAGCCCUUCCCAGGCCCAGAAGAUAUGGACUACACGGUCAAGAUCAAGUUCAGCUGGCUGGGGUUCGACCACAAGAUCACCGGGAAGCAGUUCUACAAGCAGGUGACGACGGUAGGCCGCCGCCUGAGCGUGGGCAGCUCCAUGAAGAGCCAGAAGGAAGUCGCGACCCUCCAGGAGGGCAACAAACUGUGCCUUUCGACCGUGGACCUGGAAGUGAAGUGUGAAGCGGAUAGUGCAGCGUCCCCGUCUUUUAUGCACAGCGUCUUCAGCCCCAUCCUGCUGCUCAGCCUGAUCACCAUGUGCGUCACGCAGCUCCGGCUUAUUUUCUACAUGGGCGCCAUGAACAACAUCCUGGAGUUUCUCGUGGACGGGGAUUUGGAGACAGUGGGUCUCUACACCUCCAUCUUUGGAGUCCUCCAGCUGCUGUGCCUGCUGACGGCUCCGGUGAUCGGCUACAUCAUGGACUGGAAGCUGAAGGAGUGUGACGACGGCUCGGACGAGGGCGACGAAGCGGACCCCGCUCCGGGCAGCAAGAAGAAGAAACGCCGAGACCGGCAGACCCAGAAGAUCAUCAACGCCACCCGGGCCUUUGCGUUCACCAACCUGCUGCUGGUGGGCUUCGGGGUCACCUGCCUGAUCCCCAACCUGCCUUUACAGAUCCUUUCCUUCAUUCUGCACACGAUUGUCCGAGGGUUCAUCCAUUCUGCCACGGGCGGCCUCUACGCAGCCGUGUACCCCUCCACGCAGUUUGGCAGCUUGACGGGACUUCAGUCGCUUGUGAGUGCCCUCUUCGCGCUCCUGCAGCAGCCCCUCUUCGUGGCCAUGAUGGGCCCCCUGAAUAAAGACCCUCUCUGGGUCAACGUGGGCCUCCUUGGGCUGAGCAUGCUGGGCUUCUGCCUGCCGCUGUACCUGAUCUGCUACAGGCGCCGGCUGGAGCGGGAGAAGCAGCAGAAGAGCGACGACGAGAAGCUCUUCCUCAAGAUCAACGGCACGCCCCACGAGGAGGUCUUUGUCUAGGGGGCCCCCCGGGGGCCCGUCUCGGCCAUUCCUGCUGGCACUGCCUCCUCCACCCGCGCCGGCCCUCGAGCUCCCCGCCUCGGCCUCCGGUGCACAGACAGGCGGCUCGCUUCUCCUGCCCCCCUGCUUCGUGCCCCCCUGCUCGCUGGGGCCUCUUCGGCGGCCGUCGCCUGGCUGUGGCACCCCCUGCUCACGGGACGUCUGGAUCGCUGGCCUGGGAGCGGCGGCCGGAUCCUGCACACCCCAGGCCAUGGUACUGUCCACUCGGCAGCGUUUCUUGCCUGGCGUGCAGGAGGGCCCCCCACACCCCCCUCGGCUCCCCACCUGACCCUGCCCACCUCCACAGCGAAGCUUGCACCUGCGCGGGACGCAGACGCGCUCUCUCUCUCUGGCAACGCACACCCCCUGCGCCACUCCUGAGGCCCGGAAGCGCACCCCCUCCUGCUGCUGUCUCGUGUGAGCCUGGGCUUGGUUGCCGACAGCCCGUCGGGGCAGGGAGGGCAAGCUGCGUCCGAGCUGAGCUCGGCGGCGGGGUGAGAAAUGGCCCGACGGACUCUGCCCCUGUGUCCAAGGAGAGCCUGCCCUCCGGGCCUCUGCCUGAUGCCCUGGACGCACCGUGGGGUCCUGGGCCAGCGCCUCUCUCCCUCCCGGCCUGGGCUGAGCGCUUCAGGAGGCGGGGCGGUUGAAGGGAGUCUUUGGGGAGUGGGCGGCAGGGACCCCUCUGUGCCCCUGUUCCCUCCCCUCCGAGGCGGUUUUUCUCAGUGCUCCAGGGAGCGCGCAUGCUGCAAGGGCCACUUGGGCUGGAUCCUGCCAGCGGAAGGAAGGAACGGGAGCAGCCGGUGUCACGAGGCUCGCUGUCCCUGACGGACUCGGUCACUGCUGUGCCACAGAAGCCGGCCGGCCGGCGCCAUUUAGCUGGACCUGAAUGGAGAGCUGUCCGGGUGGGCCUUGCCCUCUUCUUGCGGGGAGGGGGCGCCCGCACUUCCUGCACGGAGCAGCUGGGCUGACUUUGGAAAGCAAUAAACGUGUGCCCGGGAGCGGGCCGGGGGCCGGUGCUGAGCCAGGCUGCAGAGGAACUGGAAGAGGCACGGCCUGGAUCCGUCCUCCUCCUCCGGCACACUCAAGCUUGCCGUUGGGUCCCUUUCCCACCAGGAGGGUUCUCUCCUCCUCCAGGCUGCCACCACCAAGUCUAAUGGGGUGCCAGGGUCUGGAUGUCAGUUCCAGGGAGCAUGGAGAGGUUGAGAUCCAAAGUUCUUUCCUCCCCAGGUGCAGCACAGCCGGGAUGUCAGGUGCAGGGCCCGGCUCCUCUUUGCUCCACAGUGCGGAUUUCCCCCAAAGCCUUUCCCGAACAGGGCUACACACAGGCAUUUACGGUUGCUGUUUGAGACAUGCCCAGAGCACACCAAGGAAUCACUGAUGUGUCCAAAGGGUGAUUCUGAGGGUAACGGAAUCAGGCAUGUUUCCAUGGGUUUCAAGGACUGUACCCAAUAUCCAUAAGCACAUUUUCACUGGGAUGUGGUAGGAUUAGAAUUGUGCUUUUAAUUGGAAUUCUAAUGAUUUGUUUUAAUAACUCUUUUAUGCCAUUGUUUUUAUUGUUUCGUGGAUUUUAAUCUGACUUUUUAUAUAUUGUGUUAAAUUUUGUACACCGCCUAUAGAUGUACAUAUCAGGUGGUAUAAAAAUAUGAUAAAUAUAUACCCAGCGGCCAAAAAACAUCUCCUGCUGUAAGGUCACAUCUUAAUAAAACCCUCAAAUAGUAUAGUGUCUGAAAUGUGCAAAAACAAGUCCGUAAUGGAAUCAGGAUGUCUGGACGUCUUUGGAUGUCUUUGUGAUUCCGUUACUGGUGUAUUUUGCACGCUUCAGACAGUGGCCUCAUUCGCUAGUCAUUAAAAUCUAGGUUUAAUGUGGGUUACCCGCAUUAGUGUGAUUGUGUGAUUACUCUUGAGCCAUAACCACCUUGGCGUGGGUUCACACAAUAACGAUCAUGUGGUAACCCACAUUAAACCUAGAUUUUAAACGGCCAUAAUUUAAGGGUUUUGUAAAAAUAAAAAUAAUGCCUUCUCGUAGGAGAUGUUCUCUUGCCAGCGUGUGUACUUAAAAGCAAACGAGGGAUUUGCUUAUGGCUACCGUUUGUGAGAAAGUGACGAUGAUGUGCCUGAUUCCGUUACCCUUGGAGAGGCCCUAAAGCGCCCCCUGCCCAGGAUGCUUAUUUAAUUACACAUCACCCGCAUCAAGAGCCUGUGCUGAGAGCCCCCUUGCCUUUUGGAAUAGCCAUGGCACCUGGAACAUUGCUAUCUCAUCUUCCUCGGGCAUGAGGAAACCUGGUGGAGUAAGGGCGCCCUCUAGUGCACAGGAGGCCAACCUCAGGCUCACCAGCUGUUGCUGGACACGAUUCACUGCAGCUGAGUGAGGAGGAGGGGAGUUGUACUCCCAGCAGCUGAAGACCCUCCUUUCGGCUGUUCCUGCGCUACUGUGUAAAGAUAAUCCAAUGGGGGGGGGGCAUUUUUCUCCCUGGAAGAGACAUGGCCUCAUUAUUGUGUGUUUUGGAAAACCAUCCCUGCAGUGUUUCUUUUUAAACACACACACACACACAACACACACGCACAACUGUCAAACGUGCUUCAUGUGUUGCCUUCACGAAUGUCUUACUGUACUCUUGGGAAAACCAAAAGACUUAUUUCCCCCCCCUCCCCAUCUCUCCCCAGAUGUAACUCCCCCCUCCCACUUUUGGUUUCUUAAAAAGUGCAUUGUUGA